AUGGCGCCUCACCAAGACGCACCCUCACCGGCAGGGAGUUUUACAACCGGCUUCGAUGGAGUCUCUUUCCGGCCUAAUACUUCAUCAAGCCUCGAAAUCGGUAGCCUAGCAGCCGCCGGUUCGCAGUCACCUCUCAGCAGCUCAUACAACAGCGCAUCGCUCGGUGUGGAUCUCCAUGAAACCCGACCGCUCGUUCCCGGAGUCUACGUACCGACCAUGUGCUUCUUUGAGCCGGGCACGGAGAAUGUGGACAUUGACACCAUUGCUCGCCAUGCUGUGCGACUCGCCCAGGCCGGUGUCACAGGCCUGGCCACGCAGGGGUCCAAUGGAGAAGCAGUUCAUCUUACUCACGCCGAACGCCAGCUCGUCACAGCAACGACUCGUCAAGCCAUCAACGAUGCUGGUUUCUCUCAUAUGCCCAUAAUUGUCGGCUGCGGAAGUCAGAGUACACGCGAGACUAUACAAUACUGCACCGAGGCCUGGGCGGCUGGCGGAGACUACGCCCUGGUUCUCCCCCCAUCUUAUUACUCGGGCUUGUUUGCGCCGUCGUCAGAAACCAUCGUGGAGUACUUCAACGCCGUGGCAGAUUCAUCGCCGAUCCCGAUCAUAAUCUACAACUUCCCCGGUGCAGUGGGAGGGCUGGACCUAUCUUCCGACGUUAUUGUGCAGUUGUCUCAACAUCCGAACAUUGUCGGCGUCAAGCUUACAUGCGGAAACACGGGCAAACUGAAUCGCGUCGCCGCCUCCACGAGGAAGUUAGCCAAGAAUCCUAACGCCGCAGUUCCGGAAUUCCUUGUUCUUGCCGGCUCAGCCGACUUUUCAAUCCAGUCCCUGGUGGCUGGGGGACAUGGCAUCCUUGCGGGUCUGGCCAACAUUGCUCCCAAAGCCUGCAUUAGAACAAUUGAGCUUUACCAAGAGGGCAACCACCAGGAAGCUCAGGACAUGCAGGAGAUUGUUUCUCAAGGCGACUGGACCGCCAUCCAAGGGGGCGUCGUAGGUGUCAAGGCUGGUCUUCAAGCAUGGUUGGGCUAUGGAGGCGUCGCCAGGAGCCCCCUGCCGAAGCCAACGAUGGAACAAAUGAAGAAGUGGAAAGAAGGGUUCCGAGACCUUGUCGUUCUUGAGAAGUCUUUGUGA